AUGAAGCCGAGGCGAUUGACAAAAUCUAUUACACAUGAUCAGGUUGCUGAACUUCACGAACUCUUUCGUCACUUUGAUGGCGCCGGUGAGGGACUCCUUGAAAUGUCUAGGGUUAGGGACUUUUUUCUUCAAAUAGCACCAGGAUUCGUUGAAGAUGUAUAUGUUCCUGUUAUCGUAGAAAUGAACCUUGAUAGUGUGCAAGAGAUAACCUUUGCGCAGUUUUUUUUAAUUUUUGCGACCAUGUCCACAAGACUGCCACGUAAAGGGGAUUAUGAAAUCGAACAGUUAAAAGAGGUUUUUGCGGUAUUUGACCCUGAACGCACGGGGUACAUUGAGGUGAAUCGCUUUAUACAAAUUAUGUUGGAGGAAGGGGAACCGCUUUCUUCCUUUGAAGGGAAGGAACUUUUCUUACAGCUUCGCUACUAUGGGUGCUUACGCAAAGGAAAAGUGAAUUAUGGUGAGUUUUUAUCUAGAAUUUUUAGGUAUAGCACACCCAAUAUAUUGUUUGCUUCCAAGUGA